UGCGUCACAUCUUUUCUGAUUCAAUAAACGUCGCAGAGUUGAGUUACUCACGCCAUUACAGUUAAAUUUGCGACGUCAACGGUUAUAUUACGUACGCAAUUUAUGCUUUCAGCUUUUCAGAAUAUUUAUUCUUGACAAUUUAUGCUGCAUCUUUUCACGAUAUCCUUGACAUCGUCUCCGCAUCUCCGAACUCAGCUCUCCAAGUCCCUGCGACCCCAACUAUAAAGCUGAACCCUUGCCCUCCCGGCACUACCUCUGAUACGACAGGCAUUUCUACGCCUACUAGAAACCUAACAACCGUAGUCAUGGUUUUCAACAGCUCUUCGCCCUACCCCGAGGGCGUCAUCUCCUUCCUCGACACCGACCUUUACAAGUUGACGAUGCAAUGCGCGGUCUUCAAGUUCUUCAAGGAUGUACCAGUAACAUAUGCCUACACGAACCGAACCCCCGACAAGAAGCUGUCCCGAACUGCUUUCAAGUGGCUUGAGGAGCAGAUUGGAAAGCUCGGAAAUAUCUCACUCUCUACCGACGAAUACCUCUUCCUAAAGAAGCACUGCGAUUACCUCUCCGAAGACUACCUCAACUUCCUCAAGGAGUUCCGCUUGAGCCCCCGAGAGCAAGUUGUUGCGACCUUCACUCCCGUUGGCGAGGACACUGGAGACGACUCAAUUGUUGGAGAUGUUGACAUUCAGAUUAAGGGAACUUGGGUCGACACGAUUCUCUACGAAAUUCCCAUGCUUGCGUUGACCUCGGAGGCAUACUUCAAGUUUAUGGACACUGAUUGGAACUAUGAGGGCCAAGAGAAGCAGGCGUUCGACAAGGGACUCCAAUUGCUCGAGGCAGGAUGCGUCACAUCCGAGUUUGGCACACGACGACGUCGCGAUUACCACACCCAGGCUCUUGUCUUCAGAGGUCUGGUCCAGGCUUCCAAGGAAGCUGAGAAGAAGGGAUUCCCUGGCAAGCUUUCUGGAACCAGUAACGUCCAUCUUGCUAUGCGCUUCAACAUUCCUCCUGUCGGAACAGUCGCUCACGAGUGGUUCAUGGGCGUUGCUGCUAUUCUUGGUGACUACAAGCAAGCUACUGAAGUCGCACUACGACACUGGGUGGCUUGCUUUGGUAAUAAGCUUGGUAUCGCUUUAACCGACACUUUUGGCACUCAGGAGUUCCUCCGCGCCUUUACACAGACUGUGCAAACCAUUGAGGGUGGAUUCCCAGCAGAGACCUUUAAGAGGGCUGAUGGAAGCAUGAAGACUUAUGCCGAAGCUUUUGCUGGCAUUCGACAAGAUUCUGGUGACCCUGCUGAGUACACCAAGUGGAUGCGAGAGUUUUACGACAAGCAGGGCAUUACGGACAAGAAGUUGAUUGUCUUUUCCGACUCUCUCAACAUCGAAAGAUGCUUGGAGUACAAGAAGGUCGCUGAUGACCUCGGUUUCCAACCCACGUUCGGUGUUGGCACAUACCUUACUAACGACUUUACUAACACCAAGACUGGCAAGAAGUCAGUACCCUUGAACAUUGUAAUCAAGAUCAGCUCAGCGGCGGGCAAUCCAGCUGUUAAGAUCAGUGACAACGCUGGAAAGAACACUGGUGAUAAAGAAACCGUCGAGAAGGUCAAGAGAGAGCUUGGAUAUGUUGAGCGUGAGUGGAAAGAGGGCGACGAAACCUCCCGAUGGGGUAAGGCGUAAAGGAAAACAAAUAGACCAAGAUACCAAGGCGCCUAUUGCCUAUGACUGAGUUAUUUUAGGAUAUUUUCGGCCAUCAUGAAGAAUAAGAUCAAGAUAAACAGCAAACCAGAGAUGUACAGUAAUGUGAGGUCCUUUGUGAUCUCGGUGAGUUCGAAACCUAAUUAUUCUAAGAAACAUGUCAGAUGUGCAAUAUGAGCUACUGGGAUACCGAACUAUUUGAGCUGCAGUGAGGCCAUAUUGAUCCCAUGGCUUGGUUGAUGCUGGUCAUGGCUAAACCUCAUUCGUCAGUCUCAUACUUAU